GGAGAAGUGGGAGGACAACCUCAGGGAGAUAGUGUAUGCCCAUAACACCUGUGUACAGGUAUCGACCAGGUACUCCCCCUUCCGCCUGAUGUUUGGUCAAGAGGCACGGAUGUUUACGGAGGUUACAACUGAGUGUCCUGAGGUGAUGGCAGCUCCUGACCAGGCGGAUUCUCUGGAGGCCUUUGUGCAGCUCCGAGUUGGCCAGGAUGAGGACGUUUUUGGAAAGUGCUUCAUCAUCCAACCUGGAAUGGAGGUCCUCAAGAAGGAUGCGAGGAAGAAAGGGAGACCUGGGCGAACCAUGGACCCAAACUGGAGCCAGACCAUCUACAGAGUUAUGGAGGUUCUUCCAAACAAUAUGGUUAGGCUGGAGACCCUGGAUGGAAAGCCCAAGCAUAUGAUGACCCCGUAUGCAUCACUGAAACCUCUGCGCCCGAGGACUCACCCUGGCUGGCCAAAGGAUUCCCCUUCAGCCCCUGUGCUUCCAGGAGAUGCUGAAAUGCUGACUUCAUCAUCGGAGGAGGAAACUGAGGUCCAGUGUCAUUGUUUCACGGACCAUACAUAUGCUGGCCCCACAUCACCCUGGAAAAAGGAGCUGCACCCCGACCAGAAACAACUGCUCGAGUAUGUUUUGGCCUGCGAUCGUCCAGCUAUGGAGCUGAUCGUUAAAGAGGGAGGGGUGUGUUUAACCCGAGAAGAGUUUUGGUCUCUCGGGUUGUCCAGAGACAUGGACUCCACGGGCAAAGAUAUCUUCAUUGCCAACAUGUAUAUUGUACCAACGUGGAAGCACAAAGACGUCGAUCCAAUGUCAAGCCUUCCAAGGGAUGCACAUCUAAAGGAUGCACUCCUCUUCCCAGCGUGGAGCAAGCACAACGGGCCAGAGCAUUACUUUCUCUGUCCAUGUUCCAGUGGUGUGCUACAGGGGUCCCCAACCACAGAGUCAUGGACUAGUACUGGAGCAUUGCACAGCACAUCGUCCCAGGAAGCUGGAGUGAGCUCACUGGAAAAGACAUGCAGGUAA